GGGCCACAGUCUAAGAAUAAAGGGGAGGCCAUUUAAAACUGAUACCAGAGAAACCUUUUUCACCCGGAGAGUUGUGAAUUUGUGGAAUUCUCUGCCACAGAAGUAGAGGCCAAUUCACUGGAUGGAUUUAAAAGAGGGUUAGUUAGAGCUCUAGGGACGAGCGGAAUCAAGGGAUAUGGGGAGAAGGCAGGCACGGGUUGCUGAUUGAGGAUGAUCAGCCACGAUCACAAUGAAUGGCGGUGCGGGCUCGAAGGGCCAAAUGACCUCCUCCUGCACCUAUUUUCUAUGUUUCCAUGAAUAUCCACACUCAUUAGCUGCAGUUAAUCUGAUGUAUUAAAUACGUUUUUGCGUUGAGGUUUUUUAUUUUGUACAUCCUCAAGAAUUUAACCUCGGCAAUUGACAUACAAUAAUAUUCUGUCAAGGGUAUUGGCACACGUAAUGCAUAAAUCCGAAGUGUCAUGUUGUGAAUGGAGUUAAGAACCGUUUUAAGUAUAGCGUUUCUCAAGUAUAAAAUAACUACUGAAAAAUAUGAACCCCACGACAAAUUCAUGCAAUAAAUUGAACGCUGUCUCAGGAAAUUAACAGUAAAUGCAAAUCAUUGUGCAAAUUCGUGAAUAUGUUAAUAACACGAUGUGUGUGUUAUUCGGUACUGUAGUUAUUCAAACAUUUAAUUUAUAAGACACAUAUGUCGAGAUUGCAGUUCAAUUGCAGUUUAUUUCCUUAAUUCAGCGACUUGCAUACACAUUGCCACACGGAAAAUCAGGCACGUCGUAUUUUACAUUUUCAUUUAUUUCAAAAAAUAGUUUUUAUUGUUACAUCUGUUUGUUCAAAAUGCUUCCUUCUUUUCGGCAAUUGAAUCACUGUUAUUAAAAGGAGGAAUCAUUAAAUGAUCGACCCCGUGCCAUCAGCUUCACGGAAUCGAAGUAAUAUGAGAAUACUGACGUCGGCCUGGGCAUGUUUUCACAUUAUUACUCAUAUCUGAGAAAUGAGUUAAGUAUUCAGACUGGAGGAAAUUAUAGACCUUGACAUUUCUGCACUCAGAGAUUGAUUCUUUAAUUUACUUCGUCAGACUGGGGGAAGAUUCGUUCACCUUCGAUGCCCUGGAGGGCGAUGUUCGAACCAGUGAAGUACCUGCACUGUAUCGACCUCGCCUCGCUCCGGGAUAUAAAUUGCACAGCAGUCAACUGGACUUCCAUUCCAAGGCUCUGGAUCGCCAAGGUUCACACUGCGUCUUGACGAAGACCAUCCUUGCCCUCCUCCCCAUCAGAGGGAGCAGCAUCUGCAGUUUAUGCCCGUGUAGUCAGCAGCGACUCCGAGCCGGUGGGGGGGAAGGAUCUCGACGAUUUCCGGGAUCGGACGGAAAAGCACGAGUUGGACCGGGGCCAGCUGGUGGACACCCUGACACCAGCGGAGAGAGCGCAUUGACAUUCCUACUGCCACCACUUGAACUGUCGCUACUUGUGCUCCGCGACUACACCUUCUCACAGCCGGAGCCCCGUCGCAGGCACCAUCCGCUCCCGUGUACAAGAUGAGGAGCCACCGGUUGCUCGCACUGACUGCAGUCCUCCUGAUUCUGACAGAAGUCUUUUGCCAAGAGAUUUCUCCAAAUGAAGACACAUCACAUUUGAUUGCCAACAAUCACAGCCAGGAGAAGCGACUGAAAGCGAACUCUGUCAGGGAACUCCUGCGCCGAAUGACCAGAAAACCGCGACCAGCGCAGUUCUAUGCCUUAAUGGGAAGGCGAUCACUAGGGAACAAGCCAUUGACUCGCAAAAGACAUAAGUUAGAGAGCUUUGUUGGACUCAUGGGAAAACGUUCAUCAGCGUCUGGUUCCCCUCCUGAGUGGGUUAUACAAGAUUUUAUCCAAAGACAUUAAUAAAACACGAAAGAAUAAAAUUAAUUGGUUGACAGUUAUUUUAAUUUGCUUGCAGGUGUCAAUAAUAUUGUAUCCAUCACUGGUGUGAGUUACAGCAAAUAGUUGUUAUGUCUUCCCCAACAAAUGUCAUUUUAUUGCUAUAUUAAGAAAUAUGUAAUGUGAACAUUGAGAUGUUGUCAUGAAUAAAGGUGUAAUAAAAGGAUUUUGAUAACAUUCAGCCGUAUCAAUGGUAACCGGGGAAAUGAAUAGCCCCUUAAUUGGUGGGCUGUAAUUUUGUACUCUCCAUGAUGAAAUAGUCUUAUUCAUAAAAUGAUGUGCACCCAAAAGAUAAAACUUAAGUCAUUUCAUUUUUUAACAUGCAUUGAUUGAUACAGAAACAAAACUGUUUUCAGUUUCAAUACAUAUCAUCAAAAUUUGUAUUUUAAUGUGACUUUAUUUUAAAAAUAAUAAAUGUAUUUAAUGCAA